AUGGGUCAAUGUUGCAUCGCUGCAUCGCGAUGCUUUGUUCAAGAGCAAAUUUACGACAAAUUCGUCGCUAAAGCAGUGGAAAAGGCGAAAAAGAAGCAAAUCGGUUGUCCUUUCGAUGAGGCUGUUAACCACGGACCCCAGGGAAAUAUAGAAACUUCAAGGGAUAUUUAUCCGCCGCUAGCUGCUGCUCCUCCGCGUGAGUUCGAAGUUUCUGCUUCAGCGACACCAGCAUCAGAUGAAUCUUCUUCCUAUCGAGCUGAACCUGGAUCAGCCGCUGGCAUAACUGAGGAAGUAUGCGAAUAUCUACGAUAUUUUAAACGUUGUCUUUUGGAACAGAACGUAUCUGAGAUUCGUUCACUGUACGAAUAUGGAUUUCAUGAUUUGACCGAACGGUACUACCGAGAUAAGUUUUGGCCAGAGGAAGAUUCGGUCAGAAAGGUUGUCGGCAAUGAUUCUGAGAUCUUCUUACUGUUGUACAAGGAGCUGUACUAUCGAUAUCUCUACGCGAAAAUUCAACGCGGCCCGUCGUUUGAUCACAGGUGGGGUUCUUAUCAGAACUAUCAGGCAUUUUUUCACGACAUUCUGAACUCUCCUGAACCAGCAAAGCUAAAUCUGCCUAAUCAGUGGUUAUGGGAUAUAAUUGAUGAAUUUGUUUAUCAGUUCCAGUCAUUCUGCCAGUACAAGGCCAACCCCAGCAAACGUAGUACAGAAGAAGUCGAGGAAAUAAUGAUGAUGGAGUCUCAGGUGUGGAACUUGUAUCCCGUAAUGAACAUCCUUUACGCUUUGGCGCAGAAGUCUCAGAUUCAGGAACAGCUUUUAGCGAUCAAUGAACGAAGAAAUCCUGAUGAAGUGGCGGAUGAUUUCGGUCGCCACCCGUUAUACUUUAACCUGGGAUACUUCAGUCUGAUAGGAAUGCUUCGGCUGCACACGCUGCUCGGCGACUACAACGAAGCGGCGAAGACAGUUCGCAAUAUCUCGUUCGAUCCAACGGGACUGUAUAACACCGUCCCAUCCUGCCUCGUAACGCUGCAUUACUAUGUUGGAUUUUGUCACAUGAUGAUGCGCCAUUAUCAAGACGCAAUCAGUCUCUUCGUCAACUGUUUGCUUUAUAUCCAGCGAACACGAUCUGUACAGCAGCAGCAACAGCAACAGCGAUCCUGGCAGUACGAUGUGAUCACGAAAACGAACGAUCAGAUUUAUCAGCUGUUGGCUAUCUGUUUGACUCUACGUCCUCAGAGGAUUGACGAAAGUGUUCAGUCUGAGUUGGCCAAGACGAUGUCCGAUAAAAUGAGUCGCAUGCAGAGAGGGGACUUGAAAGAGAUCGAAAACGCAUUCCAGUUUGGAUGCCCGAAGUUCCUGUCCCCAACGGUGAAUACGUUUGAUACCGGCAUUAAUUUUGCUAAGGAUAUGAUCCACAUAGCUGAUACGAAAGUCGCUCGGCGAUACGGGGAGUAUUUCAUCCGCCAGAUCAAUAAACUUGUCGAAGUAAGUGUAAUUGUAUUUAACGUGUUUAUGGUUCCUGCUGCUAUCGUAGCGUCUGUAAAAAGAAAGUGUCAGAACCAAAUAUAGCA